AUGUCUGUCUCUCUGUCUCGACCACGUAUCCUUCUCGGCUAUGUUGUUGAACGCGGUACUGAGAGGCGAUUGUUCGUUCUCUCUUUGCCUCAAUAUCCUCAAGAUUCAAACUACUCACCGGUAAUAUUCAAAUCCGAUGUGCCAAUCAAGAACUAUGGCUUUUGCAAUUCAGUCCGUGGCAUCAUCUGUGUUUCUCAAGAGAAUCAUUUUAUGAUAUGUAAUCCAACAACAAGACAAUUCAUAGCGAUACCCAAUGACCCAACCGGGUUUGAUCCUACGGAUAAUAUGUUCAACGCGACAGCAUCUGUGUACUUGGGAUACGACGAAAGCAAUGAUCAGUACAAGAUAAUGCGAACGAUUAGGACGCAAGUUAGAUCUCCUGAACAUAGCGUAUGUACGUUGAGACUAGGAGAACAAACUUCUAUUUCAUCGUGGAGGCGCGUCGAAAGUGGUAACGACUAUUAUUGUCGCAUGACUAAUGCAUUAUGCAUCCGUGGAGUUGUGUAUUAUGGAGCUUGGGAAAUUCCAUUAAACAGCUUGGUCAUCAAGAUUCUGAGUUUUGAUGUUGCAUCUGAACGGUUACUUCUCAUGGAAGUACCUAAAGAGCAUAGGUUAGUUCGUCUACUAAACUAUCAAGGAAAAUUAGGCUGCUUUUGCGGCACCAAGGAUAACGGUCUUAGUUUGUGGAUUCUUGAUGAUGCUAAGAAGCAGAUUUGGUCCAAGACUUGUGUUUUUUCGCCUUCUUUGUGUGAUUCAUAUCGAAAACUCAAUCUACGAACCUGCGGCGCCACUGAUGCCGGGGAGAUCCUUUUUGUGUCGACAAUGAUUUCUGGUGCCUUUGAGCUUUUCUAUUACGAUAUAAAGAAGAACGAGGUGAGUAAACAAGUUAAAAUUAGAGAUAUCUCCGAGAAUGAUAAGCUUACACAUUUAAGUCUUUCAUGUGGACAUGUGGAGAAUAUUAUUUAA